AACCACAAUAAGCUUGCAAAGAAAGAGAGGGAGAAGAGCCUGGGAUUACUAAGAGGCAGAGGUUUCUUUAGCUGCUGUGGAAAGGUUUCUUUCCAUAAGAAGAUAAAAGUUUCUGCAGCAGUUUAGCUUCCUUGCUUGUUCCUCCAAGGUUUCUCAAUUCGAAUCGCAAUGGCUCGCUCUUUCUCAGACGCAAAGUUUCUUUCUGCUUUCAUCACCAAAGCAAUCAACGGGAGAGGACUUUCAGCAUCUGCUCCUGCUGCACCACAAGGAGGUGUGCGCAGCCUCCCCAAAGGAGGAGCUUCCGCGGUCAAGAAAAUUGCGGAAGAGAAGAUUGCAUCCGCACAGAAGGUCGCAUGGAUUCCAGAUCCCAAUACCGGAUGCUAUAGACCAGAGAAUGUAACCGAGGAGAUUGAUGCUGCCGAGUCAAGGGCUAUGCUGUUGAAGAAGCAUUAAACAUAGAAACAGAUAAAAGUCUUUCUUAUUGAUUCAUUGAUGUGGUCGUAUAAAGAAACAAGAAAGGAUGGAUAUAUAAAUAAUCGGCCGGUGAUCUUUGAAUGUCUUAUGCUUUAUAUCUUUGCUGUAGCUUCUCUGUCCUCCCUGUUUAGGAGAAAGAAGAAUUUUUUACUUUGUAAUUCUUCUUUUGCAUAAAAAUUAAAUGAUUAAUUUCGUUGGUC